UGCCACCACAGAUGAGAGAUUGACUGCAUUCCAUGAUGAUGUACUGCCGCCAUCAUUUUCUGUCUCCUGACCGUUUUAAAGGGACAGGCAUCCAUUUCUGCUUCCUGACUUUCACUCUCUCUCUCUCUCGCUCCCUGUGUAUUUUCCAUCCAAAGCUGUGCCUUUCUAUGCUCAUCCCUGGAUGAGAUACAUCCAAGGCUGGAAAGCAUCCCUUACCAUCUCACGCUCAUUUAAUUAGGUAGGAUUUCUUGCGUAAUGUAGAUUUAUUUUUUUUCACAUAAUGAUGGCUUGAAGGAAUGUACCACAGGCAGUGCAUUUAAUAGUCACUCAGGCACGCACGCUUGCAAAGAUCUCGCUGCCUCUGCGAUGCUGUGACUGAACAAGGAUGCAGUUCUGCAGGAGGGUCCUCUGCCAGCCUUGCAGUGCCAGAGUCACCUCACCAGGGGAGGACAUGGAAUACAGGAUGGGGGGCUGCAUCGGAAUUCCACACAGACAGAAGGAGUCCACUGAAAGACCUCAGCUCCACGGCACAUUUUGUGUCUCUCUCUGUUGAGUCUGGGAAGGCCUGGAGGGUCCUUGAGUCACUCAGCCUGAUGAGAGAUGGGGAACGAGAGCAGCACGACUGAGGCUUUGCCGGAAGAGGGCGCUCCAGAACACGUUGUUCUGUUUCCACCCCAAGAAAAUCACAGCGACCCCUUGAAGGCCGAAGCACAAGCUGAGAAAUUAAUCCAAAGGGAUGCCGAAGUGCUGCUGACUGCAUCGUCCAGCAGCCAACAGAGUUUGCUGUCCCAACCAGUUCUCCCAGAUGUCCCGGUCAUCACCGGUGUGGAGGAGAGCAGAGGUGCUGCAGAAGAAGCCCACGAGGACAAGGAGGAGCUGGAAUUUCCCCAUGACCUGCUGCCCAAUCUAGACUUCAGCAGUGAACUCAACAUCUGGGAGUCCUCACUAGGAUUAAAGACUAGCUCAGGACACAGGGUGGGUGAGCAUGAGAACGCCCUCCUGGCCGGCUUGCAGCAUCACAUGGAAGUCAGUCAUCCAUUAGUAGUCCUAGAUAACAGGCCUCAAACCUCCGACACGCUCCUCACAGAUGCCUCGCCCUCACCUCAGUCCACUGCCACACCUCACCCAGAUGGCCAACCCUUGAUCCCCCCUCUGUGCGCGCUUCUCGACCAGGAGCUUCAGGAAGCCUUCCAGGAAUGUGAGGAACAAAUGGCCUUGCUGGGCAUUCCUCAACUCAAAGAGCCCAUCAGCACAGAGUCUGAAAAGGCCAACGAAGAGGAUAGGAAAACUGGGCAAGCAACUGUUAAAAAGUAUGAUGAGUCAUCAUCACAACCACAAGUUGAAGACCAGUCUGGACAUAGCAACCUCAUAAACAAAAAUACACAUGGAAACACUGAGACGGCGAACAGGCAGAGGGAUACAGUUGUGUUUAGUUUCAGGGACUACAUACUUGGGACUGAGAAUCCUCAGACAGACAGUGAAAUAAAAACAACAGGGGAGCAGGAUAAAUACCCACAAGCUGAAACAGUAGAAACCAUAAAAGAAGAUCAGCAGAAUCGAACAAGGCCAAAUACUCAUUUAGAAACAACAAUGCCUGGGGAUGCUGUAUUUAGUGAGGGACAUGAUCAAAGUGUUGAUUUUAAUGCCGUCUCUGAAGAAAUUAGCCCACAAGAUUAUAAAAGGAAGGAUAUGGAGGAAGACACAGAUGCGAAAGACUUACAAAAGUGUCAUAUCAACUUUAGUGAGGUUGACCGAAAGAAAAAUGAUUCUAUUCAAGAAUUAUCUGAGUCUAGUGAACCUUAUUUCGAAGAUAAAGCUGUUGAGGAAAUGCUUUCAGAACAACAAGCAGGGUCAAAUAGUUAUGCUGAGGAUGACACACAAACAACGUCUGCACAGGGUGAGUCUGUGCACAACAAAAGGGCAAAAAAAAGAGACAAAAAGAAGAACAAGAAAAAGAAAAAAGCAGGGAAGGACAAAGAACCUGAAGCGGAGGCCAGGACACUGAGACAAGCUGAAAAUGAUUUACAGGCUGUCCCACUUAUAAAUACGGGGAAUCACAGUGCACUUUGGGUGUCAUGCACAGACACGAUGACAUGUGCAGCACUGCCUAAUAAUGUUCCCACACACUUGAAUCAGUUUGAUAACCAAAAUGUAACAGAUGCGGAGUGUGGCAAAAACAACAACGUGCAAAAUAAGCAAGAGAUAACGCUUGUCCAAACUGCAGCUGAUGUUCCAGAUAAGGAAUCAGAUACACAAGCACAUGAGGAUAAUGUUACCACUGAAGCACAGAUACAUAAACUGGACAGCUUAUUUUCCACUAUCCAUGCUCGUGUGGGAGAGAGUUGCGCGGAGAGGGCCAUUGAAGAUGCUUUAGUGGAGGCUGCUGCGUUGCCACUAACAACACCCACGAUGCGAGAAGUGAUAAAAAGUGAGGGAGAAAGCGUGAGCUAUGAUUCAUUGGAGGGAGUAGCUACUGAGCCCAUUGCAGGCAUCGGGAAAGGACGGACGGAGACAGAUCUGGAAGGGAACAAAGCGAGAAAAAGACUCCUGGAUAGUACCUCUCAGCUCUCAUCUGUUUGUGGCUCAGUUGGCCUCUCAAACGAAGACAUAAGGGCUGUUAGUGAGGAAAGCUGCAACAGCAACAUGCCACACACUUCGGUUGAGAGUUGUUCAAAAGGACAGAGAGAGGCGGGCAAUGCAGAAGCAGAGAUCUCUCCAGCAGAAGAGGGCGAUAAAGAGAAGGAGACACUCUGGAUUGAAAGCAAUUUUAAUAAUUCACCCCAUGGGAUACUUGCUGGUGCUGAUCAUCUCAAUGAUAGUGCUGCAGGAGUGGAGGGAGGAGGAGUAGCAGAGCGCAGUUCAUUCAGCCUUCCGGAGGGGGCUGCUAGAGGGGUGUUGGCAGCUGAGACAGAGAUGCAUCCUCCCACCGAUGUUGCCGAGUCAUGUCUGAAGUCACCGUACAGGGGCGAGACAGUCAUUACCGCCACAGAGAGCCUGUGCACUGAGGAGGAGCUUACUGCAGCAUUUUCACCUCUACCACCUCACAGCGAACAAAGCAAUAAAGCGAGCGGAGAAAGCGUCCAACAUAAUCUGAAUUCCAAGGAGCUGCUGACUUCUGGAUGCUCUUGUGAAGAGUCGGCCAUCGCUGAGACUUCACUGACUUCAGACACCAACAAUCAACAGGUGCAUCCUGAAAGUAUCACCACUGAAACAACUAAGAAAGCAGACACGAUUCAAGGACAGGCUCAGAACCAAACCAAUAGUGUGAGUCAUCGUGUGGGUAAGUCUGCAUGUGAUAAAAGUGGAGGAAGUAACAGAGUUCGCUUUGCAGACAGCGUCAAAGAAGACCAAAGUGCCACUGUUGAGGUGAGAAAUAUGUCAGUGCCAGCUUCAGGAUGUGCUUCGUUGCCUCCAUUGACGGUACAUGAGCGUUUGCAUCAACCUGUUGUUGAGGCCAGCUACAUUUUCCAAGACUACCUCAUCUUAAAGAAUCCAGAAACCUGCACAGAGGUGACAACAACCAAGGAUGAAGGAGCUAAUCAAAGCUCAGGAGAUGUACCGAAGCCAGAGAAGGAAAUUCAUGUGGAUGCAGCGGAUACCACGAAUGUUGACAUAAAACCGUCAGGUGAAGACAACUCAAAAUCGCUUCUAAGACCAACAGAAAUAAAUCGUACUAAUACGGAACAUAGUGGGCUUCUUGAAAAAGCCAUAGCUCCAACAGAACCAGCACGAAACACAGAGAAGCCUAUAGAACUCAUCAAGAAUGAAGUAGCCUUCAAUGAACCAACUAAGAAGGAGCCAUCGGAGCAAAGUCACAUGACAACAGAGCACCUAGACCCAGAGAUGUCAAUCGGGGAGCACCUAGAGGAAAGUCCUGAUCAGGUGUCAACAAAACAGGAAGAUGAGGUGAGAGAAAAGUGUGAUCUUAGCGUGGACAGCAUAGAACCAAGCAAACCUGACAAGCCUGAGGGGAUAAAAAGUGACGUGUGUGUGGUCAGUGAAAGAAAAAGUUCAAGUUAUGUGCCUGCUGUCAGCGAUGUUCCCUGUAAGCCUAUUGAUGAUAUCUUUACUGAGUCACCUGACAGACAACUCUCAACUGAACCGAACUGCAAUUCUAAUCCUGAAACUGGGAUGUUGACCUGCUCAGUUUCUCCUCAGACAAAGCCCAGAGACGUCAGCUGUCAGCCUCUGGCCGAGCUUGAUAAACUACCGUCUCAUACACUAGUUAGCGCAGAUCCAAUUGAAUCUAGGAAGGACUCAAAGUCUGAGACACCUGUUGAGCAAAUAAAGGAUAAGUCAAUAAUAUCAGAGGUGGGAGCCGCUGAGCGGUCAAUUCCUGUUUGUGAGCAAUGUGCCAGUAAUCCUCUGUUGAUGCUGCAUCCUCCAGGCCCAAUGAUGAGUCACCUGGAGGUGGUUGAUGUUUGUGACGUUGCUCUUCCUGACUGUGACGAUAGCUUGUACAAUAAAACAUAUACCUCAACGUAUUCAGCAGAGGAUCACAAAGAGAAUAAUGAUGGAGCAGGAAAAAAGUGCUUGACACAAGCGGAUAGCAUGGAUGCUGAUGAGUGUAUUAUCUCUUUGCCAUCUGACGAUAAAAUUACAAUUUCACAAGAGAGACAACAACCUCAUGGAGCUGAAUGUGUACUUGCAAAUGAUGUCUCGAAUGAUUUAAUGAGUCAAGAUAAAGCAGACUGCCCCCUCAGCUCUGACAUGCCUUCCAGUGGGACUUGUGAUACAAUUGAAAUGUGCAGUAUUGAAGAGAAACAGAACAUGGAUAACCAAACCUCUGUGUCGCUCAGCGACAAAGAUGGGCAACUUGAUAAUCAAAAGGAAACAGAAGACAGCAGCAAACUACAGACAGGAAAUGCGCCGACACAACACGCUAAAGAGUCAGAUAAAGAUGCUGAAGAGGAAACGGGAGAGUAUGAACUUCAUGAUAUUUCCAACCAGCAUAUUCACCAGACUUUAACGGAAACGAAUGAGCCCAAGGAAAAGAGGGACACAUCAAUGGAUUAUUUUUCAAAUAUUGAACUGAGCAGUUGGGAUCAUCAACAGGAGCAACAGGAGCAAAGUUUGGGACACAAGUAUUCAACAGAUGGAUUGACAUGUGGUUGUGUGGAGACAUUUGAAGAGGAAGGAACGAUGAACAGCCAGGGUCAACCAGCUUCUUUAAUAAAAGAGCUUGUAGACAAGGACAGUGGAUCUUUGGAGACAUCAGAAAGGCAGAAUGUAUUGUCAAGUGGUGACAGCAAGUGUACCACUGAACAAGUGGUAUCUCUAGAGAACGUUGAAAAGAAUGAGGUCAUUCCAGGUGUUGACACGGUUGAUGUUCCUGGAGGAACUAUUGUCGCUUCAGAAAAAACAGAAAUAGCUUUGCAGCAAGAGGUGAGUAAGAAUAAAAACUGUGGGUUAGGAGGAGAAGGAGCAGGAACAGAUUUAAUGCAUGACCGUGAAUUUCUGAAUUGUCUGGGUAGUAAAGGUCAGCCAGAAAACAACCAGUCAGAGUCUUCUGCAGACCUACAGGGAAAUCAUUUGGCCUUUAGAGAAAGCAUUGUUACCGAUGAGUCUUUAUCAGAGGAUUAUGACAUUUUACCUUUGGGGUUUUCUGUUUUGGCAAACGUCGGUACUGAUAGUCACAGCAUUCAUACCGCCUCUUGUCCAAGUGUCAACCAGGAUGACAAGAUGCUUGACAAAAUAUACAGUGCAGUAGAAAAGGAUCACAGUGCUGCUCAGACUGGGAAAACCCACAAGAGUGAAACUGAAGAGUGUAAAAUUCCGGAUACAAUAUGUGAGUCUCUUGAGCCGCAAUGCUCCAAUAAAAGCCCAGCCACACAAAAUGGUCCAGUAACACAAACGGCCAUAAAAGGGCCUCAUGUAGAGGAGAUUGCAGGGGGAAACAAUGCAGCUACAGAUGAAGAAAUGGAUGGUUUCCAGGCAGUGGGAACAUGGGCGAUAAAAGGAACAGACAGUCAAGCAAUGGACAAAGAUGAGGUUCCUAAAGACAAAGACCCAGGAUCAAUUGAGGUUUCACACCAGUCUGAAAGCAUCACCGAAACGACUGCUUGUCCCUCUGGUAGCAACAUUAUUCUUUUGAAAAAUAUGGAAACUGACACAACCAGCCAGCCACAACCCAACACAGCCAUAGAUACGCCCAGCCAAGAAGAUAUUACAUCACUCUCUCAGGCAGAGUUAUCCCAAUUUGACAAACGUCUUGAUCACAUCUCCCUGCCUAAUUCACCAGCUGAUGAUAUGAUACACAACCCAGCCUGCAGCUUGGAGUCUUCACAUAUGUCAGAGAACUCUUCUUUUGGACUCACGGCACAAGAACCGGAUACAAACUGGAUACAAGCUCUCAGAGAAGCAGCUUCUGACCCUCAGAGUGAACAAGAGAGAAUCGACAUAAGCAGACCCCUCCCAUCUCUGGAGUCUCCUCGAGAGUUUGUCACUCUUACUGAGGAGGUAGCUGCUCCUCUGGGACUAGAGGAGAUCACAAAGGAGCAUACCGCUAUCACAACGCUACAACCUGAAGUGGAUCUUGCAGAACUUCAAGAACUUAAUGAACAGACACAGGAGACAGGAGAAAAAACAGAGGAGUCCUUUGAAGAGCAUCCAGUUCCAAAAAGAAGUCCGGUGAUUGCUGUGCAUCAAGCUGAGCCUGAAGAACCAGCAACAAUCCAAGAUAAGCUUGUAGAUUUCACGCAGAAUAAAGUUGAGUUCUCUGAACCCACAACGAAAGCGGUGUCAGAUGUAAUUCCGAGGGCAACAGAGCAUCUAGAGCCAGAGAAGACAAGCACUGACCAUCCUGAGGAGAAAUCUGAAGAAAACCCAACUGAGGAAACCGCAGGAACAGCCCAAGAGCCUAGUGAGGUGCUGCAGGAAAGUGGGCCCCCCCUCACUGAACACAAAGAGAGGAGCGCUGUCUUUCCCCUAACUUCACCUAGACCUCAUCCCCUGCCUGCUCCCCUUCCUGACCUCUCCACUUCUCCACCUGCAUCCCCGGAGAAGACACCACCUGCAUCUCCCCACUUUCCUCCUCUUCCCGCUUCCCCCUCUCCCCCCUCUAUUCCACAGCAGGAGGACCAUGGCUCAACCCCUGGACCUCUUUGCCACCUCCUUCUAAGGAGCUCUGACUCUGAUGGAGCAUUCGAGACCCCUGAAUCCACAACUCCAGUAAAGGCUCCCGCCGAUCCUCAGAGCCAAUUACCAACUAUUGAUGACAAAGUAAAAGACAUCUCAGUGAAGGACUCAUCUGGCUUGACUUCUGAUGUACUUUGCCAUUCCACAUCCAUCGUUUUUGACGAGGACAGGCCAAUCGCGGCUAGUGGCGCAUACAACAUUGAACUUUUUGCCUCAGAGUCAACAAGUCAGCCACUGACUCGUUCUCUCAGCCUCCAGGGAGAAGAACUUGACACUACUGGCCUGUCGGAUGGCUCUGUAACAAAAGGUUUCCGUCCACAUUCGGAAUCCUUCAGCGUUGGCACAGAGAGUGCCCCAGGGACACUCCGCAGGCCUAAAAAAGUCCGUACUGGAUCUGUAAAAAAGAAACCUCUCCUUAGACAGAACUCUAACCCAGAGAGGCCAAGUUCUACUAGUAGCACUCCAGAGCUCAUUAAGCGAGCAAAACCACAAACUGUGACUCAGGAGGUCGAAGCAGGUAGCUCUACUACCACAAGUCCCACAGGAACCCUCAGAAAGACUAGAAAGACUCGUGUGGAUACUCCUCCUCCCCUACCAGAAGAAAACAAUCAUACAGAACCAGAGGGGAGCUUUGCAGCUCCUGCCUUACCUUUGUGCCAGGAGGAAAACCACCUCCCUUCUAGUCCUUCUGUCAAAGAAGACCUCCCAAUUCCUCCCUGUGCCUCCUAUAAAUGGGAUCCAGAUAACUUCGACAGCAUAGACCCUUUCAAGACUGGAGGAAGUAAAAUUGCCAACUCACCUGUUCUGGGACGUAAAGGUCCUGUGUGUGCCCCCAAUGCUUCCCCCCCAGAAAGCCUUCCUAUCUCUGCUGUGAAAGAACCUCCUCCGGCAGCUUCCACGGAAGAACUACCUUUCAACCCUGAAGAGCAACCCAUUCUUCCCAAACGUGAGUCGGUGAGGCUGGAGUUUGAUUACACAGAGGAGAAUAGUGAGGCAUCGCAGACAGCUUCUCCCCCACCGAAAAAAGUGGGCAAGAAGUCUGGUGCCAAGAUGCCUCUGAGAAAACCAAAGUUGGGGUUAAAGAAGUCUCAUCCAGCACCGAUUGAGCAGCUGGACAAUGACCUUCCAGCAACACAUAAUGGCAAUGAGGAGGAAAUCCCUAUUUCCAAAGGUUCUUACAACUUUGAAUCUGAUAAGUGGGAGGAUCCAAAUUUCAAUCCGUUUUCAACAAAGACACACAUAUCCAGCUCUCCCAAAGCACCCGAGCCUGCAUACAGUUUUGACUUUGAUGACUCCAUAGACCCUUUUAAAUCCUCCAACAAAAUGACUAACUCCCCUCCUAAGGCCUCUGCCUCCUUUGAGUUGUCAUCUAACGAAGAUGUGGAAAAUGACAACAUUGGAGAACUAGGAGAUGAAAAUCAGAACAAACCAGCCAAAAAGAAGAAGACUCCUAUCAAAUCUAACACUUUCAGGGUGAAGAGGUCACCAAAGAAAUCACCGUUGUCUGACCCCUCACAGGACGCGGAUGACCCCGCCUCUUUCCAUCCACAGGAUGACCAUGCCACGGACGAGGAGAAGCUGGCCUCCACCACCAGCCACAAGUGGGCAGAUUUGAAUUCGGACCAGCAGGACUUCCCUCACCCUUCUGAUCUGACAUCAUUUGUUGAAAGCAGUCUUCAGCCUUCAGACUAUGAAAUAGAGUACAUGGAGAAGACUGGUUCUUCUUCGCCUCCACUGUCUGUGAAGAAACCAUCAUUAUACCUAAAGUUGGACUCUCUGUCGGACAACUUGACCAAGGACACUCAUGAGCCCAACUCCCCCUGCACAGGGAGUUUUGAGGAAAUGGAGGCCCAGAUAACAGCAGGCAUGAAGACCCCCAUCCUGAGUUCCAGGCCUGGUCCUGAGGGUUCUGCUGGGGAAAAGGGCAGGAAAAGAGAAAGCGACGCACUUAGCCGAACACAAAGCACAGAAAGGGAUGAGCAGCUCACUAGCCAAGGGGCCCCUGCUCCAGUCCUGACCAUGCCCCUGUUAGACAGGCUGUCUGAGUGUGGCGACCCUGUGCAGUACCUGGAGCCUGACCUCGCUGAGACCAACCCUAAUGCUUUCGCCCAAAAACUGCAGUCCCGCCUCAAGAAACCCAGCACACGGCGGUGGAACAUCAACGGUUCACCCUUACUCAAACACAGAGAUGUGUCUUCACCAUCAGAGAGUUCUGUGUCCAAGAAUACGCUGUACGCCCGGACUGCCGCCAGCUACAUCGACGGGGAGAGUCCACACCUUCCCAAAGAUCUGGACCACUCGCUGGGAAUUGCAAGAGAAGAGAUUGUAACCAAAGAAAGGGAGGUGCUGGAGUGGCAGAGGAAAUACGAAGACAGCCGACAGGAAGUGGCAGAGAUGAGGAGAAUUGUUGCGGAGUAUGAGAAGACGAUUGCCCAGAUGAUAGAGGAUGACCAGAAAGAGAAGUCUCUCUCCCACCACACCAUCCAGCAGCUUAUUGUGGAAAAGGACCAGGCCUUAGCCGACCUCAACUCUGUGGAAAAGUCUCUGGCCGACCUCUUCCGACGCUAUGAGAAGAUGAAAGAUGUGCUUGAGGGCUUCCGCAAGAAUGAAGAGGUUCUGAAGAAAUGUGCUCAGGAGUACCUGUCAAGGGUCCGUAAAGAGGAACAGCGGUACCAAGCUCUGAAGAUUCAUGCAGAAGAGAAACUAGACAAGGCCAAUGCAGAGAUAGCUCAGGUGAGGGCCAAGUCCAAGCAGGAGCAGGCUGCCCACCAAGCCAGUCUGAGGAAGGAGCAGAUGAAGGUGGACUCACUGGAGCGCACAUUGGAGCAAAAGAACAAAGAGAUUGAGGAGCUCACAAAGAUCUGCGACGAGCUGAUCGCCAAGAUGGGAAAGUGCUAGCAGCCAAUCCGGUUCAAUCCUACACAAGCUUUGUUCACCCAAAACCAAAAAAAGAUGUUGAUCUGCUUGUAAAAUGAACAGGAGUAGGAAUAUGUUACCACUCUUCCAAGAACUCAUAAAGCCACACUGGGCUUGAAUUUUCUACUGACCUUGUGUAAACAGGAUCCUCUUAAUCAUGCUGUAUAUUAUUGAUGUGUUAUUGUAUUGUACAGUGUCGGGUGUAUGGUUUAAAAUUUUAGAAACCGCACCAUGUGAUUAAUGAGUGUGUGUAUGUGUGUGUGAGUAAGACGGCGAGAAAGAGCAUGUGAUGAUGGGAAUUUCUUGUGGGUUUAAUGUUGUUUAUGAUGUUGCCAUGACAGCCACUGAGGGAGAAGACUGUUUACCUACUCCUUGUGAUGCCUCCUUUGAGAAAGGAGCCGCAGAUACUUUUAUAGAGUGAUGCAGCACUAAGAGAAUAAAAAAAAAAUCACUAUAGCUUAUUGCAUGCAAGAGAGAAAGAAAACCUUGUCUGUUUUGUAUACAAUGUAGAAAAGACUCAUUCACAUUUUUACGUGCCCACUGUGUAAAACACAGGUGACUAUUAAUUUGUCACAGUUAUUAACAGUUAUUGUGCUUCUCCUCAUGUAACUUUGUAGAUACUUGUCAUACUUUGUCAUAGCUGUGUUGAUCAGAUCAUGGGACUUUAUUUUUCGUAUUUUAUUUUGAUAUAAACAAAUUGUGGCUGUAUUCAGAUGUGUCCCGGUCCUGCUUGGGUGGUUGUGUCACACUGACGAUUAACAUGUCUGCACAGCUGCUGUACAGCAUCUGCUUACAAAGUGCAAUAAAAGAUGGCAAUACAAA